AUAUAUACAUAUGCAUAAAAAAUAUUUCUUGACUCUACACAUUGUUAGGAUAUUAGUUUUUUGAUAAAAAGAUAAGAAGUUAUAUAAUAUCUCAAAUAUUAAGCAAUAAACAGUAGUCAUUCUAUCAGUAAUUAUAGUUAGAGCUUCCAGAACCUUUACAAAAGAAAAAUAAGCAAUAUGAGCCUUAAAUUUGCUUCCAACUUAUCCUUUAUGUUCACAGAGGCACCAUCUAUCAUUGAAAGAUAUAAAUUGGCAAAAGAAGCUGGUUUUAGAGCAGUAGAAAGUGGAUUUCCUUUUGGGUUUUCCAUUAAAGAUGUAUCAGAAGCUCAAAAAAAUGCACAUGUUGAACAAAUUCUUAUAAACGUGUUUACAGGUGAUGUUUCAAAAGGAGAGUUAGGAUUUGCAGCGAUACCUGGAGAAGAAGAAAACUUUAAAAAAAGCAUUGAUUUAACAAUAGAAUAUGCAAAAGCAUUAAAUUGUAAACGAAUUCAUAUUAUGUCAGGCAAAGUAAAUAAAGUAACAGCUGUCAAUGAUGAUGUGUAUGUAAAAAAUCUUUCAUAUGCAUUGCAAAAGUUUGAAAAAGAGGGAAUAGUAGGCCUUAUAGAACCUAUUAAUAAUAUCACUGUACCAAAUUAUUAUAUGAAUAGUUUCCAGAAAGGUUUAGAUGUGAUAAAGAAGAUAAAUAAGCCAAAUUUAAAAUUACAACUUGAUAUCUUUCACUUACAACAUAUUUGUGGCAAUAUUACAAAAAACAUCAAGGAACUUCUACCAUACAUUGGUCAUGUACAAAUUGCUCAAGUACCAGAUAGACAUGAACCUGAUACUUCUGGGGAAAUAGAUUAUGAAUAUGUUCUUUCGAUUUUAGAAAAAGAAGGAUAUGAUGGAUAUAUAGGUUUAGAAUAUUGUCCAAAAUCAUCAUCAGUAGAUGGAUUAAGUUGGAUACAAAAAUACGGUUAUGAAUUAUAAGAUUCAUUUUGUAAUUAUAUAUUGAAAAUCUUCAUUUAUAAUAUAACAAUCAUUUAUUUCUUAUUAUUGUUUAAAGAAAUCUUAAGUACCUCUUCUUAUAACAGUCAAAUACAUUUUGUGUUACAAUAUACUUGUCAUGUUUCUAUUACAAUAUAACUUUAUUAUGCACUUUAUAUACACACAACAAAAUCGAUGAAUAAGUCAAAUUUAUGUUAAUAUAUCCUACUAAAGUUACUUCUUUGCA